AUGUCCCCGUUCCUUUUCCUGAUCGUCGCCGAAGGUCUGAACUCGCUCAUCGAAAAAGCUACAGAAAAACACCUCGUUUGUCCAGCAAGAUUGGGAAGGGACAAAAUUCCGAUCUCUCAUCUGCAAUACGUAGAUGAUACAAUUUUCAUUCUCGAUGAAGAUGAGAGAAAUGCGACGGUUAUCAAGAAUCUGCUCUUGCUUUUCCAGUUCUUGUCGGGGUUGGCGGUUAACUUCGACAAGAGUAGCAUCAUGGGGAUUUCGGUGAACGAAGAAAAAGUGUUGAGAUGGGCAAAUAUUCUUAAAUGCAAGGUGGGUGCUUUCCCUUGCAACUACCUUGGAAUUAAGAUUGGAGGUCGAUGUAAUAGCAUUGAAGAUUGGAAUUUUCUGGUAGACAAAGUUGAAAAGAAAAUCAAAGGAUGGAAGAGUAGAACUUUGUCGCUUGCAGGACGAAUUACCUUGAUCAAAUCGAUUUUGCAAGCCAUACCGGUGUUUCAACUGUCUUUCUCCUUUAUCCCAAAAGCUGUGCUUAGCAGGAUUGACUCUAUUUGCUGUAACUUCCUGUGGGGGGAAAUGGGGAGUCGAGUCACAUUGCGUGGGUCAAAUGGAGGGUCCUUUAUGAGCUGGGGGGAAGAGGGAGAAUGUAGGCUGGAGAAUAGGGGCAGUAGGAAGGGGUGGUGGUCGAGAAUUGUCGAGAAGGGGGGAGGUGGAGGAGAGAUGGUUUUCGAGUAA